GCUCCAGCCGCAGCCCCAGAGAAUGAAUGAAAUUGAAAAUUACUGGUAUAUUACAUGUACAAUACCGGGAUCUGCAGUGUUACAUUGUAUCAUACUAUAUCAAAAUGGCCACAGUGGUUCAAAACCCUCUGAAAUCGCAAUCCAGCGGGACCGUCAUUAAAAACAGUCUGGGGGAGGAGUUCUACAGAGAGGCUAUAGAGCACUGUCGCAGCUAUAAUGCCCGUCUGUGUGCCGAGCGCUCCAUGCGGCUGCCCUUCCUGGACUCCCAGACGGGCGUGGCCCAAAGCAACUGCUACAUCUGGAUGGAGAAGAAUCACCGCGGGCCAGGGUUGGCCCCAGGACAGCUCUACACUUACCCCGCCCGCUGCUGGCGCAAGAAGAGACGGCUAAACAUCCUAGAGGACCCCCGCCUAGGACCCAUCGAGUUCAAGAUCGCAGACUACGAGGCCUCUCUGAAGAAGGAGGGGGGGGUGCCUGAGGGGCCGGUACUGGAGUCCCUGCUCAGCGCUGAGACGCUGGACAAGAAGGUGGAGACCAAGGAGGAGGAGCCAAUGAGCGAGUGCCAGAAGCUGCUUGUGGGAGACUUUCCUCAUGAACUGGAGGUGGAGGAGAUGGAGGAUGACAUGCCCAAACGUAAAAACCGGACCAAAGGCCGGGCCUAUGGUGUGGGAGGGAUGAGGAAGAGGCAGGAGCCAGCCUCCCUGGAGGACAGAGACAAGCCCUAUGUGUGUGACAUCUGUGGGAAACGCUAUAAGAACCGCCCGGGCCUGAGCUACCACUACACACACACGCACCUGGCGGACGAGGAAGGCGAGGAAGACUCAGAGCGCCACACCCUGCCCUUUCAGCGCAAGAACAACCACAAGCCCAAAAAAGCUCCCGAUGGGUCUGUCAUUCCCAAUGGCUACUGUGACUUCUGCCUGGGGGGCUCCAAGAAGACCGGCUGUCCUGAAGACCUCAUUUCCUGUGCGGACUGCGGGCGGUCAGGCCACCCCUCCUGCCUGCAGUUCACGGUGAACAUGACGGCGGCCGUGCGCACUUACCGCUGGCAGUGCAUCGAGUGCAAGUCCUGCAGCCUCUGCGGCACGUCUGAGAACGAUGAUCAGCUGCUGUUCUGCGAUGAUUGUGACAGAGGAUACCACAUGUACUGCUUGAGCCCCCCAAUGGCUGAGCCUCCAGAAGGGAGCUGGAGUUGCCAUCUGUGUCUGCGGCAGCUGAAAGAGAAGGCGUCGGCCUACAUCACCCUGACCUAAGCUCCGCCCCGCCCCGCCCCGCCCCGCCCAAGCCCCGCCCUGCCCCGGCCCGGCCCGGCCCGGCCUCGCUCCCUUCCCACCCAGGCCCACCCCCGCAUACUACACCCUGCUAAGGCUCCCUCGCCUCCAUCCUUUACAGUCAGAGAUGGGAAAAUCCCCCAAAUCUGCCGCAGGUGGCCUCUCUGAGCAGGAAGGGAUCGCUUUCAAGGUGACGCAGCUUUUUCCCCGAUCGCGGCGGUGCUCCGUGCGCUCCCCCCACCUCCCCCCCUCCCCCCAUCCAAAGAGCUCUGAGACCCGUGGCGGAGUGCGGGCGCUGGAGACCAGGCGGUGGAGACCCCCGCGCGCGGCGGCGGCGGCGCUCUUGCCCUCUGCACUCCAUUAGCCAGCAGGCCUUUAGCGCUGAGCGCAGGAGGGCCCUCCAGAGGAGAGCCCCGGCGGGCUCUGAAGGGGGCCCCUCUUCACCCGCGCGGCUCCGCGAGUGCCGCUCCCCCCGCUCCCCCCCCCGCCGGGGCGAAAGCUGCGUCGAGGUUGCGCGGGGAGGGAAGGGGGGCAGAGUUCUGCUGACUGAGCGAGAGCGCCUCGCGCUAGCUUCUGAGAGGCGCUAGCUUUUCCCGCCGUCUCCGGCGGCCGCUCGGCGCGAGGACGCUCUCGCUCGCUGUAAAUUGCAGGGAGGGAGGGUGUGUGGGGGA